CCACACAUACAUUAAGCUCUAAAUUCACCAACCCAACAACAUACACAUAAAAUCCAUCCACAUUGCAAUUUACAUUCUCUCUCUCUCUCUCUCUCUGUGUCAUAUUCUUAAAUCACAAAUUUACAAUGGACCCUCUUCCUACUCCAACUCCAACUCCAACUCCAGCUCCUGCUGCUACCUCAGCUAGUGUUCAACAUGUAAACAAGAAGUCCUCCGAUGAGCUGCUAAGAAAGUUUGCUGAUUCAGGGGAUGAGGCUGAGGAGGCCCCAGAAAAGAAACAAGUGAUUCGGGUGUCGAAACGCCGGAAAGUGAGAAAUCGGGCAAGUGGUGAAGGGGAGCAAUGUGAGAGCCCAUCAAAUGGCAAGAACAGCUUAGUGGAGAGAAGGUCUCUGCUUCCUGCUGCUGGGACUAAGAACAAGGCAUUGCUUAGGCAACUUGGGGUUCAUGGCAGGGCAUCACAACUCAGGGCCAGGGAUAUCAGGAACAAGUCUUUCUUUGGUGCCAUUCACAAGACAUGGAGAAGGACCAUAGAAGGGGCUUCAAAGGUUUUCAUGGAGAAGCAUUACAAUAGGCACAAGCGUUUGAUAAGUGACAUUGCCUAGCUCACAGACAGUCUCUUAAAUUCCAGAAAUUUCUAGUUGGAUGGUCUCAGUCAGCCUUGUGUAAAUCUUGCAUCCAAUUUAUAUUUCUCAUGAAUCUUUAAUAUGUUUCUUUUUUCACAAUGAAUAAAUUAAGUACCAUAUUAGUUCUUUAA